AUGCUCGCAGCGAAUGGGCGUGGCCGGCAGCGCCGCCGCCGCCUCCGAACCGAGGAUAACAAGGACAACGACGACAGCGAGAGGAGCGGGUGCAGCGGACAACGAGAGCAGCACGAGCCGCAACUCGACGAGUCGCCAGUACCGACAUCGAACGACGAAGCAGCGCCGCCGCCACAGCCGACGGCCAUGACGAACGAGCGACGAGCCCCACGAUCACGACGAUCACGACGAACCAAACCAACAUUUCUAUUAUCACUAUCAUCAUUACCAUUAUCAUUAUCCUGGCGGCAUAUGUACUAUGCGGUUUUCACGAUAUGCUGGAUGGCAAACGGUGCGUCGGCGGCGCCCACAGACCGGCACGAACGACAGCCGACACUGGAGAUCCUCGACGGAUACGUCAACUAUUCCAUAGGUACGUUGCUAACCGGACCCUCCCUCUGCAUCCAUCGGUUCAUGCUCUCAGGAAACGGAAGUUCGACCAAUCCGAAUUUCCAUGACAUCUCGAAGAACGCGUUCCUUUCCCUGCAAGGAACUCCCGUAGAGGCCAGAUUCCGACUCGGAACCGCCUAUCAACUUGAGAGCAGCGAGAAGGAGCACUCGAUUCAUGUGAACCACGUCGAGCAUCAGGCUCAUGUUGAUCAUUUGACCCGGCAUCAUCGGAAAAAGAAUCGGAAGCCGGUGGGCAAGUUGAAGAAAAUAGAGACAGGUUGGUUUCUGCGAAGGGCGGGCGGGCGGGCUAGUGAGUUGUGUUUCGUGUUCUCGAGUUACCUGAUAUCAUCGUGGCGCACCAUGUCUUGUGCUCCGCGGCGAGCUGGCUCAUCCCGCUCACUCACUCACACCCACGCCACAAACCGGCAAUCACGGUCAUAAAUACGAAAUGAUCGUUUUGUCGCCAAAAGUGCACUGUGUGGAGGGGGAGUGAAGGUGUUUGAAUUCAAAUUCAAAUUCAAAUUCGAAUUCAUGCAGAUGUUCACGGAGAAACAGUACUGGACGGCCGCAAGCAUGCUCUUCUUCAACUCGCCGAUCCAGACGCCCUCAAUAUGAAUCAACGAUGCGACGGACAAAAGUUCAAACAGAGGAUCCGGGUGGACGGAUGUUUGACGAAAGUGGUCGUGAACCGGUGAGUCGAUUAUCCUCUCCUUUUCGUAUUCUUUGAUCUACAAAAAUAGUUAUCAUUUUGCUCCGAGAAAAGAGGAUCGUGUAAUAAUUUUAGAGUUAGGGUCUAAGUUCAUGUGCAAACAUUUCCUCCCCUAAAGACGCUGCGAAUCUCUUUCCAGACUUUGUCAUGGAACUUGUGCGAGCAUUUUCAUUCCGAGAAUGCACUCGAAAAAGCUGAAAGCGGCGUUCCGAAGUUGUGCGGCGUGCGCUCCGGCCGAGUACGACUUUGUGGAUAUCACCCUCGACUGCCCGGGCAGAAACCCGCCCACCGCCACAAAGACUAUUGUGAAGGCAAGUUUCGGUGUUUUUUAACUUUCACUGACUCGAUUCGUUUUCAGGUGAAGAGUUGCAAGUGCAGAGAAGUGAGGAUAUCCCCGCUCUGA